CGUAAAGGUCACAAAACUCCACUCUCCCGUGUCUCUCUAUCUCAACAAUACUACGUCAUAUUCUUUUCUUAUUAUUCUCAAACACCAAUUCCUCAACGCACUUUCACAUUACAAUAAUCAUCAUCAUCAUACAACAUCCAUCCACUUGUGUUUCUGUUCUUUCUUCCCAAUAAUCAUUCAUUUUCUUCAUCUUCAUCACCACUCAAAGUUCUUUCUCUCUAAGAUUCUAACCACAAAUGGAGGAUCUUCCACAAGGUUACCGUCCUAACGUUGGUGUCUGUCUCAUCAACUCUGAUGAUCAGAUAUUUGUGGCUUCUAGAUUGAAUGUUCCAGGAGCAUGGCAAAUGCCUCAGGGUGGCAUUGAAGACGGUGAAGAACCCAAAUCUGCUGCGAUUAGAGAACUUCGAGAAGAAACUGGAAUAGUAUCUGCCGAGAUAAUCGCCGAGGUUGAUAAAUGGUUGACAUAUGACUUCCCUCCUGCUGUGAAGGCUAAGGUCAAUCGUCUCUGGGGAGGCGAAUGGCACGGACAGGCACAGAAAUGGUUCCUCAUGAAAUUUACAAAAGAUGAAGGCGAAAUCAACUUAGCUACCGGUGAAGCAGACCCGGAAUUCGCAGAGUGGAAAUGGGCAAACCCUGAAGAUGUUAUUGAGCAGGCUGUGGACUAUAAGAGACCAACCUAUGAAGAAGUUGUAAAAACCUUCAAGCCUUACUUUCAAGGAAAUGCAAAAUCAGCGAAAUGUAAAUCGACAAAGUGGUGAAUUUCAUGAGUGUGAAUUCUAGUUUAAUCCAUUUUCUUAUCUAAUUUUACUUGGAUUUGGAUUUGCUCCAAUAACAAAUUUCACGCAGUUAACACAUCGAUGGCCCGUCUGAUCUCGAUCCAACUGUCAUUGAUGUGCUGACUACAUGAAAGCACGUGAAUUUAUAACCGCUGCAAAUUCAAAUUCAUUUCACUUAUGAGGUUGGAUAUAACACUCAGCUAUUUGUAAAUCGAUAGUAGUUAGAACUUGCCUUGUAACAAUAAGAUGUGUGCAAAUGCCAUUUUUAUUUUCUAAACAUGGAUGUGAUGUGAGGAUAAUUGUGAAUGUGCAUAGAUUUGUUUAGUAAAGUUGAAAGAACCAUGCUGCAUAAUAGUGAAUGACUUGGUGCCUAAGUAGAAAGGAACAAUUUUGUUGAUGACUUUGUGUCUAAGUUAAAGGAACAAUUUUGUUGAUGACUUUGUGUCCCAAGUAAAAGGAGCAAUUUUACAAGAAAGAUUGAGUGUGUCCAAAAGCCUCUUAAUAGAAUCUUUGAAAAGACAUUAUGUUUGAGAAAUUUCAACCCUUUGUCAUAUGCUGCUUUUAUGAUGUUGAAAAUAUGAAACUUAAUAUUACUUUAGAAUAAGUUUCUUCA